AUGAAAUCCUGCAAAUCCGGAGGCCCGGCGGCGGGAGCGCGCGUCGCGCCCCCGUGCGUGGGCGGUGCCGCGUGCGCGGGCACGUGCGCCGGGCCCGAGCGGCUGGAGAGCGCGACGCGCAGGCGCCUGGCGGCCAACGCGCGCGAGCGGCGCCGGAUGCAGGGGCUCAACACGGCUUUCGAUCGCUUGCGCCGGGUGGUGCCUCAGUGGGGCCAGGAUAAAAAGCUGUCCAAGUACGAAACCCUGCAGAUGGCGCUGAGCUACAUCAUGGCUCUGACCCGGAUCCUAGCCGAGGCCGAGCGAUUCGGCUCGGAGCGGGAGUGGAUCAAUCUCCAUUGUGAGCACUUCGGCCGUGACCACUACCUCCCCUUCGCAGGCGCGGAGCUGCCAGGCGAGAGCGAGCCCUACGGCCAGAGGCUCUUCGGCUUCCAGCCCGAGCCCUUCCCGAUGGCCAAUUAGGGCGCCGGUCGCGGGCGCAAUCCUGCCAGGGCGCAACCCUGUCUAAAGUAGCCUCAAGCGCUUUCGAUGGCCUUGGAUGCAGUCUUAGAAUAAAAUCAGCAAGCUUUCACGUUUCUUGUAUCGCUAGUGGGAUGGACGCAAUAGUUUGAUUGCCUCUCUUUUUUCCUUAUGUGUGUUUUGUAGAUUUCAUUAAUGGAUCUUGUGAAUGGUUUCGAUUGCUAUGAAGAUAAUGUCCCCUCCCCUUUUUCUGGAUUUACUUUGAGGGAAGACAAUCUUAAGGAAAAAAAAUAUGCUUAGGCUAUACUGACAUUUUAGUCCUCAGAGAAAUAAUCACUUUCUUAAACUUUGUAAGUUUGUCCUGUUCAGGCGAAUUUACAAUAUCCAUUUUUGUGUAUGCUCAAAAUAGAGCGACCUUCUUCUUGUUGUGUAAAUGCAUUUAGGCUUAGUGCGUUGUGUGUGCAUGAAGUAGUCAGACUUUUUUUUUUUUGGUAGAGUACAUGGGCUUGAGUGCUUUGUAUUUUUUUAAACUGUGUACACAUUAAAAUAUAGAUUUUGUAAAAUAUAAAUAAAACGUGGGUUUGUUUUUCAUGCCAAGUACCAUGCUAAUUUUUUUGUUGACACCACAGGCCUAUUUGGGGAGUGAUGAUGUUGAGGGCUUCUCUGAGUAAAGAUGUAGAAUGCUUAAAUGGAAUCCUGCCGGUUGGCAAACAUGCUGUUUUUAAAUACUCCCUCAAACAAGACAAGCUAUUGAGAGUACAAGUUAUUAAUUUGCAGGUUUCCUCUGUCAACUUGGGAAUAUAGACAUAGUCCACUGGUUUUUCUUUAAGAUUAAAUUGAAAUAAUAUUUAGCUUUUAA